AUGGCUGCCCUGUUGCUAAGUUGUCCAAGGGUAGCCAGUGUUCCUGGGUUCCCCUUGGCACCACCACCCAAAACAGAAAGACCAGCAUCACCUCCCAAAACAGAAAGACCAGCAUCACCUUCCAAAACAGAAAGAACCGCAUCACCACCCAAAACAGAAAGAACAGCAUCACCACCCAAAACAGAAAGACCAGCAUCACCACCCAAAACAGAAAGACCAACACAACAACCCAAAACAGAAAGGCUUGAAAAACAAAUGGAACCAAGUAUGGUGAAUCUAGCGACCAACUUGCACAAGGGUAUCCAGUGCACCUGGUUCGGCCUCCAGUGAACCAAAGGAGACUGAAGGGGCUGAGGCUCUAAGUUGGGCUGUAGAUAAGAAGCUGAUAUGGGAGAGAUCACAUGAUGAGAAGACAGUUAUAGGGCUUUCUCCGUCAGUUGCUUUAGACAAGGUGUAUUGAGAUUGUUGAAACGUAUGGUAGCACUUGUCACAUUUUGCCCAAGUGAGAGUACUUUUCCUGGUUUCCCAUCUGUUCCAAGGCCCAAAGCCCAGGUUGUGCCAAGCAUACUUUACAUAAUGCCAACUUGCCCAAGGGUAUCUAGAGUUCCUGGAUUGCCAACCAUAGACCAAACGAAGGCAGUAGACUGGCCAGUAGAUAGUAAGUCUCUGUUUAAGACGUCACCUACAGAGGUAGAAUUAUUGAUGGUCCAUUUAGAGGAUGUUGACACAGUCUAUCAUGACAGUGAAAAGAACAAGGAAAUAGUGGCUCUUGCACCAUCCUGCCAAAGAGAAGCCAGUAUUCCUGGUGUUCCCUCUGCACCAAGGCAAGAGCAUACCAAAUGA